GCACAUUAGAUUACCUUUUUCCACGAUAAAGACGAGUUUUCUCUUUUUAUUGUCCCUUAUAAAAUGUUAUGAUAAACAAAUUUUGCAUAUGGAGACGACUUAAAACCAGAGAGAAUGGGAAAGAAAGACAAGAAAGAUAGAGAAGAGCGAAAAGCGAAGAAAGCAAAGGUUGAGUAUGAGGAAUAUGUGGAAGAAGAGACAAAUGAUGCAGACCCAUCAGCAGUUCCUGAGGCUGCCACUCGUUCAGUAGAUGAUGCAGGUAAAGAAGAUGAAUUUGGUGCCAAAGACUACAGAUCAGAACUUGUUCUGAAGCCAGAUCACAGCUCAAGGCCUCUGUUUGUGGCUCCUAAUGGCCAUAUCUUUCUUGAGUCAUUUUCUCCAGUAUAUAAACAUGCACAUGACUUCUUAAUUGCCAUCUCAGAGCCUGUGUGUCGUCCGGAGUUUAUACAUGAGUAUAAGUUGACGGCCUACUCCCUCUAUGCUGCGGUGUCUGUCGGCCUCGAAACCAAUGACAUCAUAGAAUACCUGCGACGACUUUGUAAAACAUCACUACCUAAAGGAAUAGAGGAAUUUAUACAGUUGUGUACUUUGAGUUAUGGAAAAGUGAAGCUGGUACUUAAACAUAACAAAUAUUAUGUAGAGAGCCAGCACCCGGAGGUGAUCCAGAUACUCCUGAAGGAUCCAGUCAUACAGGAGUGUAGAUUCCGGGCAGAUGAGACUGACCUACUUACUGACAAGGUGUCCUCAAAGUCUGCUCUACAGCUGGCCAAACGUGGACCCAGCACCUCCUCCAGUGCCCCCACAGAAGGAGAGACAAAAACCGAGGAGGCACCUGAAGAGGAGGUGCCUGACGAUAUCUACGCGUACUAUGAUAAAAUGGACAAAGACGAAGAUGAAGAGGAGGAUACCAAAACCGUGUCAUUCGAGGUCAAACAGGAGAAAAUAGAGGUCAUACAGAAAAGAUGCAUAGAACUAGAGUACCCAUUACUGGCCGAAUAUGACUUCAAAAACGACACGGUCAAUCCAGACAUCAACAUUGAUCUUAAACCGUCCACAAUCCUGAGACCUUACCAAGAGAAGAGCCUGAGGAAGAUGUUUGGUAAUGGUAGAGCCCGCUCUGGAGUCAUUGUACUACCAUGUGGUGCUGGUAAGACUCUGGUGGGAGUGACAGCAGCCUGCACUGUUAGGAAGAGAACAAUAUGUCUGGCCACGUCAGGGGUUGCAGUGGAACAAUGGAAGCAACAGUUUAAGAUGUGGUCUACAGCGGAUGACAGCAUUAUAUGUAGGUUCACAUCGGAUGCAAAGGACAAACCUAUAGGGUCAUCUAUACUCAUCAGUACCUAUUCUAUGUUGGCUCAUUCCACCAAACGUUCCUGGGAGGCAGAAAAAGUCAUGGAGUGGAUGCAGAGUCAGGAGUGGGGAAUCAUGAUUCUAGACGAGGUGCAGACAAUACCUGCCCGUAUGUUCAGACGUGUCCUGACAAUUGUAAAUGCCCACUGUAAGCUGGGACUGACUGCCACAUUGGUACGAGAGGAUGAUAAAAUAGCAGACCUGAACUUUCUGAUUGGACCAAAGCUGUAUGAGGCGAAUUGGAUGGAACUACAGAACAAUGGAUACAUUGCUAGAGUGCAGUGUGCAGAGGUAUGGUGUCCUAUGGCCCCAGAAUUUUACAGAGAGUAUCUCAAUACCAAGUCUCAGAAAAAACUGCUGCUUGCAGUGGUUAAUCCUAACAAGUUCCGAGCUUGUCAGUUUCUCAUUAGAUAUCAUGAAAGACGAAACGACAAAAUCAUCGUCUUCUCAGACAAUGUCUUCGCUCUGAAAAGCUACGCCAUUAAGUUGAAUAAACCAUACCUGUACGGACCAACUUCACAAGGGGAGAGAAUGCAGAUCUUGCAGAACUUUGUCCAUAAUCCAAAAGUCAACACCAUCUUUGUUUCUAAGGUGGCUGAUACUUCUUUUGAUCUCCCGGAGGCCAAUGUUUUGAUCCAGAUUUCUGCCCAUGGGGGCUCUCGUAGACAGGAGGCUCAGAGGAUGGGACGAAUUCUAAGGGCAAAAAAAGGAGCUGUAGCAGAAGAAUACAAUGCCUUUUUCUACUCCCUGGUUUCACAAGAUACAAUGGAGAUGCAUUUUUCAUUAAAAAGGCAGAGAUUUUUGGUGAAUCAGGGCUAUGCCUACAAAGUCAUUACCAAGCUUGAAGGCAUGGAUAAGGAGAAUCUGGCAUAUGAUACAAAGGAGGAACAAGCUCAGCUGUUACAGAAAGUGUGCGCUGCCACAGAGCAGGACGCAGAGGAGGAGAGAGUGGCCGGGGAGGGAGGCUUCUCACAGGUGAGCAGGAAAGUUGGAAGUAUGUCCUCAAUGUCAGGAGCAGACGACAGCCUCUACAUGGAGUUCAAGGGUAAAAGGUCAGCUUUACCCAGCAGUCACUCUCACCCUCUGUUCAAACGCUUCAGGAAAACAUGACGUGGUACUCAGGAGUGAAGAUUGCUAAACUGUGUUAAACUGGUACACCUCAAAGUUUUCAGGAAAUUUUUCCAUUCUUACAAUGAAAAAGAAAUCAAACAGAGGAUUAUUGUUCUGUUAUGCUUGUGAACAACUUGAUAAAUCAAUAAUCCUUUUAGAGGAUGAAGAAAAAAAAAUUGAUGGUGUGUUUUUCUAGGCACAUGUGUUUCACAUAUGAGUAUGUGUGCCAAUUACCAUUAACAUAUACAAGUACCUUUUACUAUAUCUAUAAAUGACGAUUAUGGAGGUACAUACAGAUGAUGGAAAAGGUCAAAAUCCAUUUUUAGUGAACAACAUGUUAUUCAGAAAUGCAUGUAUUAAAGCAUAGACUUCA